UGUGGGAAGGGGGGCGCUGAUGGAGGCAGAACUUCCUGUCUGUCUUUUUGCAUCCCAGUGCGUGGAGAAAUAAUUGAGUGCAGUGAAAGCCGAGCAUUCAUUCAAAGACCUUGACUGGCGCUACUGAAGCCUGGAGGCUCAGUAGUGAUUCAGCAGCACCGCGGAGCAGCGCCUAGGAGACAGUGGUGGUGAGCAGGAAGGAAUAAAGGGAAAAAAAGAGAAAAGGAAAUUUCAAAAGAAGGAGGGGAACAACGUGAGCCGCGCGCCGAUUUGGAGCCGCGUUUUCAUCGCUUAACAACACCGAGAGAGAGGGGAUUAAAAAAAAGAGAGAGAGAGAGAAGCCGGUGAAAACUUCCCCCAUCGCGGCCAAAACCUUCUGAUUUUACUUAAAAAACAAUUAAACUCCGGAAAAUUCGGUUUGCAGUGGAUUCUGACGGAUGCGCACCGGAGCUAUCCAGGGGUGUAGCCGCGGUUCCCGUCGUGCGUCUUUGCGCUGUUAGAGGUGGUGUGUGACUGAGAGUGUGUAAGAGAGGAGGAUACAGAUAGAGGUGGAGGAUCAGCCGGAGUGGCCGACCAGCCAGAAGGAUGCUGGAGGGCAAUGCCUGCAGAAAGAGAGGAUGAGAUUUGUCGAAAGGCGCUGGAACUGCUCUCGGACCUUUGCUCCAAGGGAGAGGUGCAGGACGACAACUGCCUGGAUUUCAUUUACUACUUCAGGGAUCUGGCCAGACCCCGUUACACGGACUCAGAUGUAUCGGUGAGCCUGUUGUCUCUGCUGGUGACCACCUGUGGUCUGGCUCUCUUCAGCGUCUCCCUCUUUGUCUCAUGGAAGCUGUGCUGGGUGCCACUAAGUGGUCGUUUCCUCCCAGAUGUCCUCAAGGGGGCGCACUUCUUGGGAGGAGACCAACAACCUGUCCUCACAGAGGUGGACGGGGAGGAAAGGGAAUACAGUGAAGAUGGCUGUGUGAAGGAGCCUUCGGGGCCCCCUUCGGGUGUGCCUGUCCCGGAGUCGGCCUUGAAGAUAAGCCACACAUCACCUGACAUCCCACUGGAGACGCAAACUAAGGUGGAGAAAAACCAUGCUCACACUCUGGCCAGGGACAGGGUUCAGAGACAGAUUACUGAACCUACCUCUUCUGUACGGCACAACUCCUUCCGUCGUCAAAUGAACUUAUCCAAUCCCGACUUCAACCCUGCUCAGUUCCAGCGCCAGGAGUCUUUGUCUGGUUUGGGUCGGAUCAAACCAGAACUUUACAAGCAGCGCUCGAUUGAUGCAGAAGAUGGCCAUAGAACCUCUAACUGUGGGCGCCUUCACUUUAUCCUUAAGUUUGACUUUGACCUGGAGCAGCUGAUCGUGAAGAUCCACAAGGCCCAGGACCUUCCUGCCAAGGACUUCUCAGGGACCUCUGAUCCUUACGUCAAAAUCUACCUGCUGCCCGACCGCAAAACCAAGCACCAGACCAAGGUGCACCGCAAGACACUCAACCCGGUGUUUGAUGAAGUGUUCCUCUUUCCUGUGGCGUACGCAGACCUGUCGAAUCGUAAGCUACACUUCAGUAUUUACGACUUUGACAGGUUCUCUCGCCAUGAUUUGAUUGGCCAAGUGGUGGUGGACAACUUCUUGGAUCUUUCCGACUUUCCCCGGGAGACAAAACUGUGCCGGAACAUACAAUAUGUAACCUCGGACAAUGUGGACCUUGGAGAGCUGAUGUUCUCACUGUGCUAUCUCCCAACGGCUGGCAGGCUUACCAUCACAAUUAUCAAAGCCAGAAACCUCAAAGCCAUGGACAUCACUGGAGCCUCAGAUCCAUAUGUGAAAGUGUCUCUGAUGUGUGAUGGUCGAAGGCUAAAGAAGAGAAAGACAUCGACCAAGCGUAACACUCUGAAUCCAGUGUACAAUGAGGCCAUUGUGUUUGAUGUUCCUCCUGAGAGCAUUGACCAGAUCAGCCUGCUAAUAGCUGUCAUGGACUAUGAUCGGGUUGGGCAUAAUGAAGUGAUCGGGGUAUGCAGGGUAGGCAGUGAGGCUGAGAGUCUUGGGCGAGACCACUGGAAUGAGAUGCUGACGUACCCACGGAAGCCAAUCGCACACUGGCACCCGCUCGUAGAGUGGGUCGGACAAGGAGCGACGGUGAGUGGAAGCCAAGGAGGAUCCACCAAUUCCCUGAAGACGCCACCAUCACCAUAACCACACACACACACCAGUAUACUCACACCAACACACACAGACGCACACAGAUAUAGAGCCUCAGGGUGGUAGAACAACGGGCCAACAGACAGUCCUACUUAAUGUUAAAACAUACAGUACAAAGAGUGGCUAAGAAGUGGCUGCAGCAGUGGGCUAACAUCAGCUAUAAGCCAAUAUUCAAACUGUGUGUCAUUAGAUUGAACUAGGUGUUAGUGUGCUAAGGCUGGAGCAAAGUCUAAUUCCCACUUCCUCUUACUUCCUCUUGUGUCUUCACAACCAAAUAAACACUUAACUACAUUCCAACUAAACUAGUACGGUACUUUUGUCAUAUUGAGCUGUUACUGACAGUAUUAACAGAUUAUCUAACAGAUUCAGCUUAUGCCUCUUUUUUGUUUAUAGGAAAAUUGCAGUUUGUGGACCAAAAUAUUAUAUUUUUAGGUGAAUAUGCACAGCUGUGACUGUUGAUUUGUGCAAGUGAUCAGCUAUCGUAGGCAACAUAUUUGCUCAGUAGUAGGAUUUAGAAAGGCGAGUUGCAGAAUUAGAAAGCAUCACUGUUCAGAUCAACACAUUUCAGCUCUUUUAAAAGUUUUAUUUGUUGUGUGCGUUUGGUUAUAUCGUGUGUUGCCUCUAUCAGCGGCAGCUGGAGUGGACACGAACAGAGGAGAUUCAAAUGCAAACCUCAGUUUUACUUCACUUGGUGAAGACGAUUUCCUGUUAAGAAGUAAAAUGGAAGAGGAGCUGAUUUGAUCGAAGAAUGUGUAAAAUGUCAGAAUGAACAUUUUUAGUGCAUGUUAAAUUGGCAUCCUUUUUUAACAGGGUGUGGUCAUAAUUAAGGAAACACAAGUUGUCAUCAGUGGAAAAAGGGCAGUCCACUCAUCUCACCUAAAGUAAAUACAUAAUGAUCAUCAUUACUUACUAAUGUUAUUUGGCUUUACAAGAAUUUACAAUUACAAUUUCAGCACAAACAUUAAUAACAUGAAAUAAAAGUUUUACAUUAAACUGUAUGACUUAUGGUUGACACUGUACUGUACUUAGUGUCUCGUCUGUUAUGGUUACUCUUGGAAAAUGUUUUACACUUUUGCAGAUAAAUGCUGACUGAAGGUUUUGACUGUUUUUAAAGCUGUUGCAGUGGAAACAGCUGUGCGCUUCUGCUGGAAACAAGGCUGAUGAGCCAUGAAAACAAAACAUAAACAGAAAUCCGUAGACUGUAAGAUCUAAAGAAGUUCCACAGAGCAAAAGGGGGUUGUAAACUUCAGUUGUUAUUUUCAGUAGCUAAGGCAGGGGUCCCCAACUCCAGGCCUCGAGGGCCGGUGUCCUGCAGGUUUUAGAUGUGUCCGUGAUCCAACACAGCUGAUUCAAAUGGCUAAAUUACCUCCUCAACAUGUCUUGCAGUUCUCCAGGGGCCUGGUAAUGAACUAAUCGUGUGAUUCAGGUGCGUAGACCCAGGGUGAGAUCUAAAACCUGCAGGACACCGGCCCUCGAGGCCUGGAGUUGGGGACCCCUGAGCUAAGGAGAUACAUGUUCCAUGUUGCAAGAUUACAUGUAAAUGUAAAGAUAUACAUUCGUGCAGCUUUUAAUCUUGCAAAUUCCUUUUACAAUUCACAGUUAAUCAAAGUAUAUGCAACCGAUUGACAUUCACUGUGGAUGUUACAGACCUGUGGUCUAGGGAAAAGAGCCAGUUGAAUGAAAAGGGUCUUUUACAGGAGGCAUUACUGCCAACAUGAGCUCACUUUGAUUCAACAUGCCGAAUGAGGCGAUCUAAAUACUCUGAAUAAACAGCUGGCUUGUUGUAGUUUGUCUGAUUAUGUGACUGCUCAUGUUUUUCUGCCCCCUGUAGUGAUGUCACCAUGUUCCCAGAUGCUACAAAAAAUAUAACCCAUGUUGUAACAAAUCAGUUAUCCUUAGGGACUACACAGUGACUGCAGAUGUUAUUGUGCAACCCCCUUUGGGACUCCUUUGUGCCUUUUUGAUGUGCUUUGCCAGUUUGCCAUUCAGUGUUCCAAUUUAGAGAGGUGUUUAGAAGACAAUGAAGGUGGUAACUCUUAAUAAUUUGUGAGAAGUGAGGAGCUUUUGCAAUUAAGGGGUCCUAUAAUGUUUGUUUUGUUUUCUGUUAUAUACAGAUUUACAAUAGGAGAUGUUUAUAAUAAAGAUGGCCAACAUUUAAAAUAGUAAUCCCUGUGUGCCAAAAGAUGUAUCUGUUCUUAGAUCUGUAUGAUGUCAGACAGAGGGCAUCUCCAUAAUGUGGUCAUUUUAGCACACAGCUCUGACAGCUCAAGUCAUGAGGGGCAGCCAAUCAGAAGAAAUCUGGCUGAAAGGGAGGAGCUAAAAAGGCUUGUUUCAGACAAUGCAUGCAUUAAAACUUUGAUUCAUGCAAAGCUACUUUAGUAAAGUCUGAUAAAAUAAAACAAAGCUGGAAAUGAGCAUGACAGGUCCCAUUUAAGUUAAUUGAAUGAUUCCACAGUGAAGCUGCCCUGUCCCACUGUAAUGACACUCAAUGUUGCUUUUCUUUAACUGGAACCAUACUCUGUGAUAGUAAUUUAAUAAGCCAGUGUUUGUUCGUUUUCUAACAAAAAUCUGUUUAAAUUCAGAUUAAUACCAGUAUUGUUUAUGGCUCGGUAUUGGACACUGUCACGAAUAACAGUUUCUUCUGUGUUUGUAGGUACCAUGCAUGCAUCAUUUUUUUCAGAGUCAUUUUUAAUAAAUAUCUUUUUUGUUGUGAGAUACUAAUCAUAUUGUAAACACAAGAUGUAUUAUGAACCCAAGGCAGAGUGUGUACAUUGUCCAUUCAGAUGUUAUUAAUAAAUAUUUCUAUAUAUAGCAUGGAUUGAUUUAUGGGGAGUGUGAGAUGCAGCGAGAAGAUGCUUCAGAGAGAGAAUGAAUGAGACAGAUAUAAACACGUGUCUCCCCCUCAGGCCUUCUGCUAACACCUGUGUUGUGAGCUCUCCCAACAGAGUGCUGUGAUUGAAAGACCUAUGAAAACCUUGUGACAGACACACUUUCUCUUACACACACCCUCAGUGUUGCAUUUGCUGCACUAGGACCUCACGCCCACUCAAAUGUCGACAUUUAAAAUAUCAACAUGUCUGGGUCUGGUGUUCCUCCUCUGAAUAUUUUUCCAAUUAGCAAGAAUUUGGACACAUUAAACGAUAGGAUAUCAAAGCUCUGAUUUAAUGUUUUUUAAGACAAACUGCAAAGGGAACAUUUACAUAUAAUUUCAGAGCAGCUAGACCAAACAAUGAUUAAACAGGCCCCAUGAGCACUGGAGCCAUGUUUUCAUCUGACAAAGUCAAAUAUUCCAAUUUUCAUCAGCUAAUCGUUUUUUGUUUUUUUUUUGCCCAGAUAUCUCACAAUGCUUUUAAUCACUACGCUGUUUCAUUUAGGAUAGUGAAUUAGCUUAAAAGUGUUUUUUAUUAAUUUACUUUUCAAAAUAAGCUCUGGUAAAACUAGUCUAUGCGUGUAGGACACGUUGUGUCGACAUCUGUUCUCAGUCAUUAGUUGUUCUUUAAAAAAAUACAAAUGCAUUUAAAUCCCUAUUGCAAUGAUCUGAUCUGUAUUUCUCACUCAGUAAGCGGUUUGAUGCUGCCUCGGUUGUGUGUGGAAAUAACGUUGUUAUCCAUCUGCUUAAGGUUCAGUUUUGUCUGUUGUAACAUGAGCAGUUUUGACUGGGGAGAUGACGUCCAGGUUCCAACUACAUUUGUUGGAGUUAUUGCAAGGUGCUUCCGCCAGCAGUUACUGUCAGCACAAAAAGUUACUUCAGGCUAUUGUAAUUUAUGAACAAAUUAUUCGUCUUGUGCAUUUGUUAACGUGGCAAUAUUUGCCACAGCAGCUUAAUGCCUGUCUAUCAUGAAAAUAUAAUGAUCCCUAAACCCUGCGUAGUGAUUACAUAGUCACUCACAUGCUCAAACUUUCGUUCGGUCUCCUCUGCCACUCCUGGAUUCAUGUGCAGGUGUUUCAUUUCUAGUUAUCCUAGCAACUGCAGAACAAUCUGGCAGCUACGGUCAUUAUUAAGAUUCUCUUGGUGGCAGUGACAUUCUCCAAAAUGGAAACAGUUUUCCACAUUAACCCAAGAUGAGUUUUUGAGGGUGGAGGAAGUUGUCAGUGUCUUCCUACAAUACCAGGAAACUGUAUUUAAUUUUAUUGAAGCCUAAAUCAAAACUUUACCACAGAAUUUUGUAACAUGGGCACUUGAAAGUGGCUUCCUGGAGGUUAAAGUAUAAGUCUGUUAUAGCCAAGGCACACAGCAUUUAAAGGACACUUUAAUAUCAUCUAAACUGGUGGAGUUGCAUCCUGUAUGUCGUCUUUCUCAGACUCUAUCGUUUCAUUCUUUUGCAACUAUUUCUGUCACUUCAGAAGCCCCUGACCGCUUAAAAAAAUAUAAAAGAAAAAAUUGUCCACAAAGUGUGUAAUAUUACCCCCUGUUGGAACUAUUUUUAUAUGUUGUUUACAAGAAACCAUGGCUGUGUCCAAUGGUAAAAUUCAAUUUUGUUCUUCAGAGAAGAAAAUUCACAUAACAACACAGGGAGUCUCUCCUUAGAUCAGCCUGAAGGUAGUUUAUUUUAAGCAUUUGGGGAAAAACACGGCUAAUUUUGCUCCUUUUCUGGCGAGGCUCUCAAAAGUUUCUAAUCAAUUUAGAACUGUAACUGGAGUCGAGAGAAACUCAAACAGACGUACAUCUCAUUAGUGUGCCAGUCAAGUUUAUUGUGAUGCUUCUCACGCUCAGAUCAUUACUGCCGUGAUUUGAUUUCCCCCUCCUCUUUUUUUUUAACUUAAUCUGCCGGUGUUACAGAAGCCCCUGCAUAAUUAAAAAAGAAAUAACACGCAAUAGUUCUAUCAUCUAUUUAUGAUUACGUCACCUGAAGCCACUUUAUGUUUCAAAUAAUUUGACUGUAACUAAGACUUUUCAUGACAUAGUUGUGCAGUAAAGGAUGUCAUUUGCUGUGGGACCUGAUCGAUCUUGUCUCUGUGUGUCAGGGAUAAUUAUUAAUUCUAAAUAAUUAAUGUAGUAAUUGCCAUUUUUUACCAACUCUCUGACUGUGGAGACCCUUAAAUCAAUCCUCCUGCGGUGUAAUGGCUAAACAAUUUACUACACUCUGUUAUAAUGUACAAAACCCCCAAACAUUCACUGGCACAAAUUAUGAAUCACUUUCUCUGGCAACUAAGUAUUGCAUUACAUUUGAGAAAACGAGUAAUGUGUAAUAAUUACAAAGAAGAUGAAGAUGAAGACUCAGAUUGCACUGAGACAGAGACAGGGUUUCCUGCAGAACCCACUGCAAAAGCAAAUCCCUACUCAAUUUUAAUUAGUUUGCCUUAAUUAACCCUUAUGCGUCCCUCGUGAAAAAAGGGACACGCAUAAGGGUUAAUCGUGUACAGUAGUUUAUAGAAGGACUUUUGCUUACAUUGAGUUAUCUGUUUUUUCUGCCUUUGUGUUGAUGUGUGCAUAUUUAUUAUUGCUAUUAUGUGCUUAAUUUUUCUGAGGGCAGAAUAAGUGUGCAAUGCAAGCAUCUAAUGGGACUGUUAACGUUUAACCUCAGUUCCUUAAAUUAGCAGUGCUGUGAUCAAUGACUCCUGGUCAAUGUUUGUGUUCAGGGAUAUUAAAAUGUUAAUUAAAUCUGUGUUCCUGUAAGUGUGUGGGGCACAAGAAUGUGACAAAAAUGUAUCUGAGUCGCACAAAAUCUCAAUAUUGUGUACGAAUGUCUACUAAUUUAGAUCACUCACAUUUUCUUAGCAUAUUUAUCAUAAAAUGUGCUAAAAUAAGAAUGCAAGCGUGUCACUUGCGGGUAUACCAUGACAUUUCCAUGUGGUUUUUCACAUGUAAUAACAAGUUAGUAUAUACAGUACUAUUCACUUCCUAAGUUGUCAUUUGUUUUUGUGAUUGAAUGAGAUUGCAUAAUUUUAAAUAUCUGUAGUUAAGCAUACAGUUUCUUAACUUUUUUUUGUUGGCGAUUUCUUUUAUAGUCUAAAACAGUGUGUUACGUAUGUUUACGUUCAAAAACAUAAAGGAUAUUUUUUCACUGUUGAAAAAGAUGUGGUGAAGAGGCACUCUUUGCCAAAUUGCUGAAGCAAAAUGAGAAGAAAACAUUUCAACAAAAUGAGUUAUUAAGCCAAUCAACCAGAUUUCCCUGGUUGUCUUGCUGUUGAGAGUUUGACAAUGAAGAGCGGACAGAAACACAGCAGAAAGACAAGAGAUGGCUGAUUCAACAGCGAGACUAUAAAGCAGCAACGGUGUGGAGUGAUGUCUGGGAUAAUAUUCUGUUUGAGGCUUCCUGUGUUACACGUUCAAUGGGAUGACACUUCAAUUUCGGAGCGUACAAAGGCACCAGGGGAGCCAGAAAGAUUCUCAACUGUGAGAGAGAUGAAACCACAAAGACAAAAUGCUGACACAGCAUUUAUGCUGAUCAUGACAACAUCAUCAACCAUUUGGAUUUACAAUUUCAAGACGCAGAUCAUUCAUUACUAUCAAAUCUGGGGCCCAUUUCAAAAUAAAGGCGCAUUAGUGAAGAUAAAGUGCUUCUUGGAUGUAAUUCAACUUAUCAACAGGCACUAGAAAUGAUCCAAUAGCACGGCACCUUCAGGCUGCAUAUGGUGCCAAUUUGUCUGCUUAAUUUAUCCCUGUUGGGUUCUUGAAGGCAAUUUGUAGAAAGCGGCUGCAAAGCACUUUCUGAGAGGUAUGUGUUGCUCUGUGGAUAUUUUGCACUCUGGUGAUCGCUCCUGAUGUUGUGAUGGCUGCGAUGGGUGCAUAAGUGCAAGAUGAGUCUUAUGAAAACAUGUCUCACCGUAGGUUGGGCACCACUGGCAUGCUGUCUGCAGUCACACUGAAUUUUCUUUCAUACUCUGUUGCUUCAGGAAACAGGGACUACAUUCAGACAGCCAACCGUUACUGUUGCUGCUUUCAUUGUUUUUUUGAUUGUUUUUUUUAAAUUACAAACAAGCAAACUGUUGUUGUUCUGGGUUUUAUUACCCAGGGACUUUGAGGGGCUUUUGGACUUUGUGAUUCUUGGUAUUUCUUUGGGUAAAUAUUCAUGUGUCUUUUUUCCCAUGUGUAUUAGCUCUCUCCUUGGUCCUUGUUUUUUUUUAAAUAUUAUAUUUAGUGUUUCAUACCUUUGUGUAAAGUUUCCACCAGUGAUGGUCCCCAUGUUUGGUUAUUUCCUGUUUUAUUUUGGUAACCAGCAUCUAGUGUGUUUGAUGUUUAGUUUAAUUCCUGUGUUCAUUUUUUAUUUUUUGCAUGACUAGGUUCAGCUGUCUUCCCCUACUGUUUUCCCACAUCCUUGUGUAUUUAUUGUCUUUGUUUCCCCUCGCCCUUUAUCGAGUCGUCCCACUAGCAUUGCUGUAUCCAUUGAUUUUCCCUGUGCUUCCCAUGCUUUAUAGAUUUGUUGUUACCUGUUUCUCUACCACCUGUACUUGUUCUUUUCUUAAUAAAUAAACACUUCGUCAUCUACUGCA